CGUUGCUUAUCUAUCUUUGUUCCUUGUGCCAAUAUUGCUUUAUGGAUUCUGCAGAAAGCACUCGAUUUUUUCACAAUCCAUCGACAUGGCAAAGAAGGUUAGGGCGAAUGUGGAUGAGCUGCCAAAAGACGUGUUGAUGAACAUCUUGUCGAGGAUUCCGGUGAAAUCCCUCCUCCGAUUCAAAUCCGUCUCCAAAUUCUGGUACUCUCUCAUUCAAGACCCUAGCUUCAUCUCUCUCCACCACAACCUCGCACAACAGUCGCUCCUUAAGAAAUACUGUCACGGUGGCUCUUGUAACGGCCUCAUUUGUCUCUUCAAUAAGUCCACUAUCGUCAUAUGCAACCCUGCAUUGAGAGAAUUCAGGCUACUCCCCCAACCCCCUUAUAGAACAUUUCAUACUACCUAUUUAGGGUUUGCUUUUGUUCCCACAAUCAAUGAUUAUGUUGUGGUUAGACUUGCCACUCGCCGUGGAUCUGACAUUAAACCUAUCGAGCAUAAAGUUCACAUCUAUAUUAUGCGUAACGAUACAUGGAAGCAAAUUAUUGCUACGGUGCCCAACUACUUCAUCAACCCUUGUCCUUCCCCUUGCACAUCAUUGGAUGGGGUUUUCUACUGGUUAUGUGAUGAUUCUUCUACUGGUCUCAAGAUCAAGGUCAAGGUAAUUGGUGCCUUAAACACCAUUGAAGAAUCGUUCGAACGGAUAUCUUUGCCUGUCAGCAUUUGCAAUGGAUUUUAUCUAUGUCUUCUGUAUGAUUCACUCGCCCUUGUUGGGUCAAAGGAUUGCGCAUGCUUUGACAUAUGGUUGAUGGACAAAUACAAAGUUGAGGAGUGUUGGACUAAAAAGUACACUUUUGGGCCCCUCUUAGGAUGUGACAUUGUAUUUGGGUUUUGGCCAAAUAACGAGAUUCUUGUCAGCGGAGGCAACGAUUGUUGGGAGUUUGUGUCAUACAACUUUAGUACACAUGACAUGAAAAAAUACAAACAGUUAUGCGGUUGGCCGCAACCCUUGGAACUAUCACAAGUUUUUCCGUAUUCCGAGAGCUUAGUGUCUGUUAAGAGACGAGUUGAUUUGCAUGUCGCUAAAACAAGAAGGCGAAGGUGAUAAGGAGUGCCAAUCAGCUUUUGGAAGUUCUUCUUGAUAGUCUUCUACUCAAGCAUCAUGGAACUAGAAAGCAAUUUAUUCUGGUUUGCAUAUUCGUUGAGAAUUGUGAAUGGGUCGAAUUUCCAAGAGUUGGACAAUUGAGAUAUAUCCAUUUUCAAUUUUCUCGUCUUGACUUGGGUUUUCUUUAUCGUUGGCUUCACAACUACUAGUCAACCUUGGUGGAACUUAUCUUAGGAGGGAAAUGCAUUUGGUUAAACUUUCAAUCAUAAGAUUUGGUUCUCUACUUAGACCCCCUCAAUGUAUUCUAUCGUUUUGCUAUUUUGGUUGUUAUAUAAUAAUUAUCUUGUGCAAAGUGCUAUUUUAGAUCACGAAACGACACUCUCAAGUUGCGUAGUUCAUAUUUUUGGAAACUUAUUACAGGCGUUACAUGUGAAUCUAUUACCUAGUAUCUCUGUUGUUGUGUACCAACCUAUGUAUUAUCAGGAGUUGAGAAACAGGACAUUCCUUGGAAAGGAGGAGCCUAAA